AUGCCUUCGCCAGUGGAGGGUAGCAUUGGAGGAACUACCAGCAGUGGUGGAUCCGGUGUGCCUAUUACGAGUGGUAUUCCGAAGGGUGUGGUUAUGCGCGAUAUAGAGGAACUGCAGCGGAAGAAGCAGGCGAUGAGAGCAGCAGGGCGCGAUACAGUGCAGGUGAUAGCGGAUUUCGACCGCACGCUCACCAAGUUCACAGUCAACGGGAAGCCGGGGCAGAGCUGCCACAUGCUGCUGAAUCUGCGGCACCCGGAGUUGGAGGAGCGGGGCAGGCGGCUGACAGCCAAGUACCUGCCCAUGGAGACGGACCCGCACUUGCCUUACGAGGAGAAGUUCAAAUGCAUGGUCGAGUGGUGGACGGCAGCACAUGAGCUGCUGCUGGAGAGUGGAAUCACGCGUGCUGACGUCACUCAGAGUGUGGCCGCUGCCAACACCGCCUUCCGUGUCGGCUUCUGCGACAUGCUGGCCCUGCUGGAGGCCCACGGUGUGCCACUGCUCAUCUUCUCUGCUGGCCUGGCUGACGUCAUUGAGGAGCUGCUGCACCAGCAGCUUCCUCGCUCCUUCUCCAACGUGCGAGUCGUCUCCAACCGAAUGCAGUUCGAUGAAUCUGGACGCCUCGUCGCCUUUCCAGGGCGCAUCAUCCACGUGUUGAACAAGAACGAGCACGCCUUGGAGCUCGCUGCCAUGGAGGAGGCCUCUGCAGCUGCUGAUUCUGACACUCACGGCCAUGCCAGCACCACAGCUGCACACACAGACCCAGGUUCCGCCACCCAGGUGCUCACCAUGGCUCCACAAGGUGUUGAAGAGGCUGGUACAAUCACGGCUGCAGAGGAGGUGGCGGAGGUGCGGAGCAGGACGAAUGUGAUUCUAUUGGGCGACCAUCUGGGCGACCUGGGGAUGUCGGAGGGUGUGAGCAUCAGCAAUCAGAUCUCGGUGGGGUUCUUGAACCAUGACGUGGACAGGCAGUUGGAGCUCUAUAAGAGGUCGGGGAAGAAAACGGACGUGAUUCGGCUCUCGCACCGAGCGCCGAGCAGCACCCGCUCGUCGCAUUUAGCAGCUCGUGUUCUGUGCGACGCGGAGCCCGCAUCCUCUCGUGCCUCGCCUCCCGUCGUCGCGCCUCCCCUCGCCGCGCCUCCUGUCCCAUCAUCACGCCUCCCCUCGUUUCUAGAAGCCUUCCCUCGUCGUGCAUCCGCUCGCCUCGCCGCGCCUCCGCCCGCCUCGCCGCGCCUCCGCUCGCCUCGUCGAGCCUCCGCUUGCCUCGCCGCGCCUCCGCUCGCCUCGCCGCGCCUCCGCUCGCCUCGCCGUGCCGCCGCUCGCCUCGCCGCGCCUCCGCCCGCCUCGCCGCGCCUCCGCCCGCCUCGCCGCGCCUCCGCUCGCCUCCCCGUGCCUCCGCUCACCUCGCCGCGCCUCCCCUGCCAUCAGCGCGCCAGCACCCUCGUCGCGCUGCCCCUCCUCGCGCCUCCAAUCCCGCUUCCCUUCUCCCACCUGCCCAUCCCUUGCCCUCGCUUCCCUGCCCUUCCACUCACCCCCCCUGAUUUCCCUAAUUUUAAGCCCUUGCUUUUCCUCAUUUCCCCCUUUCCUUCCCCUCAUUUUCCCUCCUUCUUCCUCUCAUUUACCCCGCUGCUUCCCCUCGUUACCCCACCUGCUUCCCCUCAUUCCCCCCUCUCCUUCCCCUCAUUUCCCCCCCGCUGCUUCCCCUCAUUUCCCUCCCUGCUUCCCCUCAUUUCCCUCCCUGCUUCCCCUCAUUUCCCUCCCUGCUUCCCCUCAUUUCCCUCCCUGCUUCCCCUCAUUUCCCUCCCUGCUUCCCCUCAUUUCCCUCCCUGCUUCCCCUCAUUUCCCUCCCCUGCUUCCCCUCAUUUCCCUCCCUUCUUCUCCUCAUUUUCCCCCUUGCUUCCCCUCAUCCCUGCUUCCCCUCAUUUCCCUCCCUGCUUCCCCUCAUAA